UCCUCGCAAAAUGCAGAGUGAACUUUGGCACCGCAGUCUCCACCUGGAAUGUGGGCCAAGCUGGGAUCUCCGGGUGCAGUCAUAUGACUCCCCAGCUGGCUGAGUGAGAAUCAACAACUGCUGCGAAUAUAUUCUCCUGAAACCGAUUCUGCAAACUCUUGAGAUCUCGUCGGAUCCUCCUCGGUCGUCCCGUCCCGCGCGGCUCAGGCGCGCGUCGGGAAGACGCGCGUCGUUCCGGGCGCAUUGUGCCACGGGACGAUGACGGUGUGUCGCCCCGCUGAGCCUCUGUGGACGCAGCACCUCUUUACCUGUGCUGCCUUUGUGUGUGUGUGUGUGUGUGUGUGUGUGUGUGUGAACACUGCCAGACUCACGGAUGGACAACCUGAGUGACGGGAGUGCUGGGCGGGCGGCGGGGCAAGAGACGAGCUCACCGGACAGUCACCAUCCAGAUGUCCGCUCGCGGAGGAGGGUCGCGGCGGUCAGCACGGCUGCUCUGUCCGCCGCGCGCCUCACCUUGCCCGGGGUCAUGGACGCAGAGGGCAGGGUCGACGAGUCAAGACUGAGGAUGCACAUAUUUAAAAACGGUGGCGUGUCUCCGUCUGAGCGUGGCCUGGUGUGGCGUUUCCUGUUCGGGAUGUACCCGUGCAGCUCCACAGCUUUAGAGCGCUCCCUGCUGCAGGAGCAGUUGGUCGUACGAUACCGAGUCAUGAAAAGAAAGUGGCAGCAGUUUCUUCCGACAGCUGUGCGGAUGCACCUCAACGGCACUGAUGCUGAGUUGGUCGCGGCUGUCAGGUUCUUUGACCGGAGGCAGUCAGAGGCCCAGCGACAGACCCAGGACCAGUCGGAUGACGUCAGGGACAGACUGGCUUUCCUUGAGCUUCAGGCGCAGAUCUUAUUUGAGCGGGUCACAUUUGACCAGACUGAGCUCCGGGAGGCCAUACGAAUAAUUGACAAGGAUGCACCACGAACGAAUAGAGACCUGAGCUAUUACCAGGGUGAAGGCUCAGGUAAUCUGUUGGUGUUGAGAGACAUCCUCAUCACUUACGCUGCUUUUCAUCCAGAGGUCAGCUAUGCCCAGGGAAUGAAUGACCUGUGCAGCCGGUUCCUGGAGGUUCUUGACUCUGAGGUGGACACGUUCUGGAGCUUCUCCUGCUACAUGGAGAAAUUCUCCAGGGACUUCAGGGCUGAUGGUCUGCACAGAAAAAUAGAGGUGGAGGCAGCCCUGCUGAAGGAACUGGACCCACAGCUCUAUGCCCACUUAGUCACAGACAGCAUGGAGAGCUUCACUUUCUGCCACAGGUGGCUGCUGCUGGGUUUCCAGAGGGAGUUUGAACACAGUGACGCACUACGUUUGUUCGAGAUCCUGAGUUGUGAUCACCUGGAGCUCAUCUCCCAACAAGUGGACCGGGCCCGGUAUCAGGAAAGGCUGGCACGUAAACACAGCAAAGAGGACAAUCCAGAGUCAGAGCUACCGGUCGUCAAUACUGACUUCACCUUUGAGCUCUUCAUCUGCGCAGCCAUCCUGUUAGAGAACAGAGAGACGCUGCUGCAGUGUCGAGAUGACGUUCAGCUCAUCCAGUUCACGAGCAGCCUUCAGGGAACACUGGACCUGAAUAGCACGCUGAAGAAAGCAGAGUACCAUUUCUACAACUACUGCAAACGCUGUGCCUGGGACUAUAUGAAAGGGCACUGCAGAGAACACAAAAGCAAAGAAGAGGAUUUUCUUUAUCAACUCCGUAGUUUCUUUGUUUUAAAAUGAUAGCUACUAUUUAGAUAACUGAUGUUAGGAACUUGUGUGAAUCAUGGGAAGAAUGAGACAUACUGUAAUUCCUAUUUGUAGUUUUGAUGGCACAUCAUUUUUAUUUCUGAGGGAAACAUACUGAUAUUCUGUUGGCUGCUCACCUUAAAUUUAUUUCUUAAUGUUUAUUAUAAAUAAUAACGUAUUUAUUGUGUAACAGUU